CACGUACGGCGCUAAUAGGACUCCGGAGUACGACAGAUUACAAGCAUGGAUCGUGACGUCAGUAUACAGUAGUGGUGGGUUGGUUUGUUUUAGAGCUGGAUUCCGUAAUGGGUCAGGAAUGUGGUAAGCCAGCCUGGCCCAAGCCAUCAGCAGGUUAUCAAACAAGCACUGGAUGCCGCUAUGGAAGAAGGCAUGCCUAUAUUGGGUUCCGGCCAACAUUGGAAAAGCCAGAAAAUCCAACCAUGGAAAAAGGAUGUCAAUGGAAGGAAAUGGAGAUGGACUAUAUUCAAGAGAAGAAUGCAUUAUCAGCUGAUGGACUCGUCAGUUCAACCUUAAAAGAGAACUCCUCGGCUAAUAUGGUUCUUCCAGAAAAAAAUGGAGCAAAAAUAUAUGAAGACUCCCAUGAAAAAAAUCUAAGAUGCCCAAACUUUUCUACUAGUACUGCUCGUUCAUGCAGAUUAAAGAGAGAGCAAAAGUUAGUACAUACUUCUGAAAAUCGGGCAAAAUUAAAAAAGAGCUCUGAAGCAUGUGCAUGGCCUGCAUUGGAAGGCAACGAACCUCCACUUAAUAAUGCAAAUGGAUUUGGAAUUGUUAAUAUUGACUCGUAUGAGCCUGACAGUAGUGAUGGGGAAGAAGAGAUUCUUUCUGCCACUUCAGAAGCACAUCCUGUUCUCCAAAAGCAAUUAGACAAUAUGAUAAAUGAAUUGGAAAAAGAAUUUGAUUAUCUUAGUGGAUUGCAGUCAUAUAUAUAUUCAAAGACACAUGAGGAGGUGGAAGCUACAUCCAAAAGCUAUUGUUCUGAGGUAUGUUUGAAAGACUGUUGUCAGAACAGUGAUAAAGUUUAUGGAGAAAUUUCCUCAGAUUCUGAAGACAAGCUAGUAAAAACUGACCAGCAUAUGUCUGGUAAUAUCAUUGGUAAUGCUCCUUCAGGAAAUGUUUGCAGCCUUCCGAAACUAUUUGAAUGUAAAGGAUUGCAGGAUUCAGGUGCCCCUGAAAUGGUUGUGAGACCAAAAGUAAGGAAGCAAAAUAAUAUUGGUGAUAUAGAGCAGAAAAAGUUGGAGUUGUCCAGGGACAACCAACAGAGUAAUAACCAUCAAAAAUAUACUGGAGUUGCAAGUGAUCAGUGUUCACAGUCUCCAAACACUAAAACAAGAGAAAUGGAGAAAGAAUCCUUUUCUGAGCCUUCAAAUAGCGAACAAGAAAAACAUAGACCCAAGGAUUACAGAAGCAAGAAUGAGGUAACAAAUCUCUGUCAGCGUAUCAUAGAAGGUGAACGGGAGGAGGAUGAUGAUGAUGAUGAUGAUGAUGAUUUCUGGGAAGAUUUGGACGAAUUCAGUAAGAAGUGUGGUGCUUCAAGGACAGGCAAUGAAAGUUCAGAAAUAAGUGAAGGAGAAUGGUCUGCCUCAUGGUCAUCAGAUUCUAUAGCUGACAAAGAACAUUCAUCUAUUGAUGAAAGCUGGGAGACUCUUCCAGGUUUAGAUGAGCCAGAACACAAUGUGCAGAGUGAUAACAUCAGCUUGGAUGAUGUACCAGACAUAAACUCUCAUUCUGAAGAGCCAGCAUUGCUAGAAGAAGGAGAAAUCCCAUGGCUGACUUAUCGUGAGGAAACUGAUAGCAGUAGUGAUGAAGACGUAGGAGGAAUGAGCCAGUUUGUUCACCCAGGACUGUUUAUGUUAGAUGGAAACAACAAUUUUGAAGAUGAUUCUAGUAUGAGUGAAGAUUUUGAUGCUGAAUGGAGAGCUCUGGAUGACUUUGGGGAAGGAUUUGGAGUGGCACAAGCUAUUUCUCACAUGGAUCCUCAACUGCUAACUUACAUGGCACUAGAGGAGAGAUUAGCCCAAGCCAUGGAAGCUGCACUAGCACACCUCGAGUCCUUAGCUAUUGAUGUUGAGCAAGCCCAUCCUCCUGCUACAGAAGAAAUAAUCAAUUGCUUACCGCAUGUGACUGUUCUGGAAGAUCGGCAUGGCCAAGAACAAUGCUGUGCGAUUUGCUGUUGUGAAUAUAUUAAAGAUGAAAUUGCAACUGAAUUACCCUGCCAUCAUAUAUUCCAUAUGUCUUGUGUAACCCUUUGGUUAGAAAAGUCAGGAACGUGUCCUGUGUGCCGCCAUGUGCUGACCCCAUCCCACCCUGAUGCAGGAGUUGCUACAUCUUUUGUGUCUGACCAUGAGAGUCCUCCUUCUACACACAGUGCUGCAGGAACACGAUGAAGAUGCCCAGCAAGUUUAAAGUACGACUAUAACCACUACUGACUUCAUCAUACUAGAUUACUAUCUGUACAGUUCCAUCAUUUAUUCCAUAUGUCUUAAUAAUUUAUCUGUUUGCAGGUGUUAUUAAGCUGCAUCUGUUUCCUGGGGCAUUACUAUCAACUGCUACGUAACUGACAUUUGUUCAGUUUUUGUUGUGGACGUUGGAGUAUCUAUGCUUGUAAAUAUUUGCAUAUAAAUAAAAAAAUGUAUUAAAAAUUUAAGUGAAUAAAUGCAACAGGCUUUUUUGCCUUUCCUGUAAAUGUGAUGUAAUUCAAAUAACUCUAUUUGCUUUAAGUAAUGAAUAGAAUUGCACAGUUAAGUCACUUUUUCUGACAUAUAAUGUUUCUGAACUAUGCACAUGUAAAAUCAAGUGAACAAAUUGUACAGAUUCUGCUGCUCAAUAUCAUUCCUUUGUUAAUAAUCCAGCUUUAUUCAGUCAUGUUUCUGAUAUGUCGAGAAACUCAAAUUAUCCGUUCAUGUGUUUCAACUCUACUGUAGUCAUUUCUUAAUUUCUGCAAUUCAAAUUUUCCAAUAAAAGUCAUAAAGCUG